AUGAAUUAAGAAAAAGAAUGGAAUCUGGAUAGUUGGAAAAAAUAUCCAGCAUUGUAAUAGCCAUUAUAUUAAGAUUAAUAUUUAUAGUAAUCAGAUCUAUUAUAAUAGUUAGGAGACUGUUUAAAAAUUAAGAAAACUUCCAGGAAUCUUAAAUUUUGAAGAGAUAAAUAAUUUCAAGAAUGAAAUGAUAAAGGUAAGUAGAGGAGAUUAAUUUGUUUUGCAAUUAGGAGAUUGUGCAGAAGUAUAUAAUGAAUGUACAGAAUAACAUUGGAAAGAGAAAUUUAGUUUUUAUGAUGUAUAAAAUAUAAAUAAUGAAGAGUAUGGGUUAAAUAAUAAAUGGAUUAGUAAUAGGAAGAACUUGUGGAUAAUUUGCAAAACCUAGAACAUAAUUACAUGAAAAAGAUGGAACAUUAAAUUAUAGAGGAGAUUUAAUAAAUUCAUUAAAUAGAGAUGAUAGAGAUCCUGAUCCUUUGAGAUUACUUUUAGGUGCACAUUACUCAAAAAAAGGCAUAGAUACACUUCGUAAAUAUGAAGGUAAAUAAUUAUGGGUGUCACAUGAAUGUUUGCAUUUAGGAUAUGAAUCUGCAUUUAUUAAAUAACAUGAUGAAAAUCAAUAUUAUCUAUCAAAUACUCAUUUUCCAUGGAUAGGUGACAGAACUAGAUUGUGUGAACAUGCUCAUUCUAAUUUUGUUAAGGGAAUCUAUAAUCCAAUUGGAAUUAAGGUAUUAUAUUUAUUAAUUAUAGAUUGGAUCAAGUAUUAAUAAAAGUGAGUUUAUUAAUGUAAUUAAAAUAUUGAAUCCAAACAAUGAAGAUGGUAGAGUAUUUGCUAUAAUAAGAUUAGGAAAGAGUAAAUUAGAUAAAUUAAAAGAUAUUAUUAAUUGGAAAUAAGAAGAAAAAUUAAAUGUCUCAUUUUUUCUAGAUCCUAUGCAUGGUAAUAGUUUAGAAAAGAAUGGUUAUAAAAUUAGAAGGAUAGAAGAUAUUAUGUUUGAAAUAUAAUAGUUUUUUAAUAUACUUGAAUAAAGUAAUGAAAAACCAGCAGGAUUACAUUUGGAAUGCACUCCUUAUGAUGUAAGUGAAUGUGUUGAAAAUGAUGAGGAAAUAAAUCCAAAAUUAUAUAAUACUGCAUGCGAUCCCAGAUUAAAUUUUAGAUAAACUAGAAAAAUCAUUGUUUUUGUUAAUACUCUUUUAAAAAAGCUUAAGAAAGAAUAAUGA